GGCAGGAACUAAUAAACCAAUUCGAUGAUUACACCAUUCUUCAUUAUACAGACAACUUUUCUUUCUGAAAACCCUAAACUCUCCUAUGAUGAACUCCAUGUUAUACCGCAAACUGUUUGUAGUUACAGCAGCUCCCACAAACUUCAAUUUAUGCUGCAAACUGUUUGCUAUACAUUCUUUCCAUUUUCGCAAUGUUUUCUCAACUGAAUCUCACUCACAGAUCCUCUUUUCACAGUUUGCCUCCUCCAAACUUAACCUGUCUGAGGUCGACAUCACUCGGAUGCUCAAGCUGGCCCCCUCUUUGCAGAAGCUUCGAACCCUCGACAUCACUCGGAUGCUCAAGCUGGCCCCCUCUUUGCAGAAGCUUCGAACCCUCAACAACGCAGAGGAGGUUAUUCAUUUGUUUAAAAAAGCGCGGCUUCACUGAACCCCAAAUUGCCAGUAUAGUGACGGUGCGGCCCCAACUUAUCGUAUCUGCAGAAAGUGCAUUGGAAAGUAAGAUCAAACUACUAGAAGAUUUCGGUUUUGUGGAUCGAAAUCUGUUAAGACUUUUGAGGACCAAUCCUGGCAUCUUGAACAAAAGCCUCAAGAAAGGGCUUCUUCCCAAGAUGGAGUUUCUGAAGAAUGUAUAUCAGUCCCAGGAUGUGCUCGUUAAAUCCCUGUUAAAUGCACCAAGACUUCUCAAUUUUAGCUUGGAGAAAACCCUGGAGCCCUCGCUUGCUUUCUGGGAAGGAUUGGGUUUUUCUGGGAUGGAGUUCGUAAGCUUCUUAGGGGUUUAUCCGGGUGUUCUCUCACGCACGUCUCUAACACCUGGACAGGUGGAUCUUAUCAACAAGAUUGGCAUGGACAAAGAGAGUAAAAUGUUCAAAUAUAUUGUAGGUAUAGUGGCUUUGAGCCGCGUGGAAACGUUAGAGGCCAAGAUUGAGAAUCUCAAACUCUGCGGGCUCUCGGCUGAAGAAACCUGGCAAAUAGUUGGAGCUGCCCCUCUAGUUUUGAAUUUGUCAAGGAAAAAUGUUAGUGAAAGGAUGAACUUUCUAGUUAAUAAUUUGGAGCUCCCUGCAAAUUAUGUAGUGAAGCAUCCUUCGUUGUUCCAAAUCAAAUUGGAAAAGACACUGAAACCCAGGUUUCUGGUUUGGCAGAAAAUCAAAUCCUUCAAUGCCCUCGAUCUUCCUCUUUUGACAGCAUUGACGAUGUCAGAGACAAGAUUUGUUAACAGAAUUAUUAAAGAGCAUCCCGAACUUAAAUCACUGUGGACAAUUUAUGAAAAUGCCAUUUCUAAUGCCUCCAAGCACACAGAGCUCAACAAAACAUAGCUUGGGAUGAAAAAUGUGAGAUUCAGGCCUCAAAAACCACAACAAAUUUAUCGAUCUCAUCUUUUGGCAGAAGACGGGCAAACCCUCUCCAUCCAGGUGUUGGCCGUCAGCAAUUGACAUUCAUAUGUCUAUUUCCUCUGCGCUGCGCUCUGUGCCUAGUUUCUCUUCAAGCAAGCGAUUUGGCAACUAUCUUUAUGGCUCCAUACCGCCACAAUCGGGAUCUUUGAUCCAUUUACAAAUCUUGGAAGUUCUGUAUUUACUUUUUAUGUCACUUCUGUUAUUGUUAUCCACUGUAUGCUUCUCUUAAUGAUGGAAGGAAAGCAGAUUAAACUGGUUUUUAAUUUUCAAGAAAAAAGGUAUCAUAAAAUUUUCGUGAAAGACUGAAUCUAUUUGGUACAAGGCUUUGGCCACUGCCUGUAAAAGCCACCGACUUUGACCACACUUCAAAUAUUUUCACCAAUGUUUGGAAGGGUUGUGACUGCUCUG